AUGCCGACAUCUACCCCUCCGGACAGGCAAUGGUGGAAGGAGUUGGUGGUCUAUCAGAUCUACCCAGCAAGCUUCCUCGACUCAGACGCUGAUGGACUGGGCGACCUGCCAGGGAUCAUCUCCAAGCUGGACUACAUUCAAUCAGUAGGAGCCACCGCCAUCUGGCUGUCGCCCAUCUUCAAGAGUCCCCAGCAUGACAUGGGCUAUGAUGUCUCAGACUAUCGAGACAUCCACCGCCCGUAUGGAACAGUUGAAGACGUCGAGGCCCUAAUCCGAGGCUGCCAUGACAGGGGUAUCAAAGUUCUUCUUGACUUAGUGGUCAACCAUACCAGCCACGAGCACGAAUGGUUCCGGGAGUCACGCUCAUCGAGAACCUCCCCCAAGAGAGACUGGUACUUCUGGCGCGACCCUAAGUUUGACUCGGACGGCACUCGCCAACCGCCCAACAACUGGGCCUCCAUCUUUGGCGGCAGCGCCUGGACAUGGGACGAGCAAACAGGCCAAUACUAUCUCUCCCUCUUCUUGCCCGAGCAGCCCGACCUGAACUGGGCCAAUGAGGAGAUGCGCCGCGCAACCUACGCCGACAUGCAGUUCUGGCUCGACAAGGGGGCCGAUGGUUUUCGAAUUGACUCGAUGAACCUCAUGUCCAAGCACCCGGACCUCCCUGACGCGCCCAUCACGCGGCCCGACUCGGAGUUCCAGCCGGGAAACAAGUAUUUUGCCAGCGGCCCGCGGAUGCACGAUUACAUCCGGGAGAUGCGUGAGGAAGUCCUGGACAAAUACGCCUGCAUGACGGUUGGCGAGCUGGGCUUCACCAAGGAUGAGGACAGCGUGGCAAGCUACGUCGCCAAAGACAGGCAUGAGCUGAACAUGCUAUUCACAGGCGACAUCGUGGACAUGGAUUUUGGUGUCAACCACAAGUACGAGCGGGACGACUUCAGGCUCUCCAAGCUCAGGGACAUAACCAGUCGGUGGCAGGGCGCCAUGCCCAAGUUCGACGGCUGGAACUCGGUGUACAUGGACAACCACGACUCUGGCCGCUCCCUCUCGCGGUACGGAUCUGAUCUGCCCGAGUACAGGAAGGACGCGGCCAAGAUGCUGGCCGUCUACCUGGGGACCUUGAGUGGCACGCUGUUCCUCCUGCAGGGUCAGGAGAUCGGCAUGGCGAAUGCGCCCGAGUCGUGGACACUUGAUGACUACAUCGACGUCGAAGGCCUGAACUACUACAAGAGCGAACUCAACAAGAGAGGUCCCGGCGCUGACAUGUCGGACGUCAUGAGAGAGAUGAGGUUGAAGGCACGCGACAAUGGAAGGCUACCCAUGCAGUGGAACACAGACAAGAACGCUGGUUUCACCCAAGGGUCAAAGCCUUGGAUGCGCGUCAACGACGAUUUCAGUGACUGGAAUGUCGCGCAGCAGGAGAAAGAUGAAGACAGCGUUUUGGCGUUUUGGAGACAGGUCCUGAAACUCCGGCAGCAGGAGAAAGAUGUCUUUGUGUACGGGCGGUUCGACAUACUGCCUGAGUAUGAGCGCAGUGAGCAGGUCUUUGCGUAUACCAUGACAAGCUACGAUGGGAGAGUGGCGCUGGUCCUGCUGAGUUUUUCGGAUAAGGAACAGAAUGUUGAGCUGAAGAGAUGCACUGGUUGGAAGAGAUUGCUUGGAAAGAAUGCCGAGACUCUUGAGGCUGGAGGUGUUGAGCUUAAGCCUUACGAAGGGGUAGUAUACGCUGGCUGGGAGUAA